UGAAUCACCCUAUUGCCUUUUACCGUUAUAUGCACCUUUUUCUCCUUUUCUUUCUUUUUUUUUUUUUAAAAAAGAAACUUCUCUCUUGCUUGCUAAUUUCGACUUCUCUGAUGCCUCCUUGCUCAAGUUUUAUUAUAUUCUUCCUUCUCUCAUUGAUCCAAGAAAGCUAUGAUUCUCAGGUUUGUGGUAUUAAUGUAUUAUAUAAAGAAGAGGUUUUAGAAAGAUAAAGUUUUCUUUCACAUCAACACAAUAGAGAUGCUUCUCUCUCUUCCAACUGAAGCAUUUCUCAUAUAGGCUCAUAGCUAAGAAGGAAAAGUAAGAAGACAAGCUUAGAAAAAACGUGCAGAUAUGGGGGCUCUAAUUUGGCGCCUUGGGCUAUUUUCCUUGUCUCUUCUCUUCACCUCAGGUCUAACUACGGCAACAAUAUUAAGAGAUGAAGGACACCAAGAAAUCUCAUACCAAUUUAAUACUCAAUUGGAUUCAGUUCCCAUAGUUAACCCUACAACACCAGGCACAGCAAGCCCAUACCCAACAUUAAACCCAACAACUCCUCAAUCACCCUACACAACAAGACAAAGCCCACCAAUACCAACAACUACAAGCCCACCCACUUACAUGACUCCUACAAACCCCACCACAUCCCCAAACACAAACCCAAACAAUAGCCCAUCAACAACCCCAACUACAAUGCAAACAAGCCCAAAUACAAAUACAAAUCCUACAACCCCAACGUCUCCUGCUAUAUCAGGAGGUCAAUGGUGCAUUGCAAGUGCGUCAGCACAGGACAAGGCUCUGAAAGUGGCUCUUGACUAUGCUUGUGGGUAUGGGGCUGAUUGUUCAGCAAUUCAACCCGGAGCAAGUUGUUAUAACCCAAACACACUGAAAGAUCAUGCUUCUUAUGCUUUCAACGACUACUACCAGAAGAAUCCAGCACCUACUAGUUGUUCAUUUGGAGGAACAGCAACACUUACAAACAAGGAUCCAAGUAAUGGGAACUGCCACUAUUCGUCGUCCAAAUCAUCAAGCAUGAGUCCACCAACAUCAACAUAUGAAAGCCCACCAAAUGGAAUGAUGAGUCCAACAACAGCAGGAGGAAGCACCAUGACCCCAACUGCACCAGGAGGCACCACAAUGACCCCAUCAACACCAAGCAUGACAAUUCCUGAUGGAGCGUCGGUUUAUGGCCCAACUGGAAGCCCAAACAAAGCCACACCUCUUUCUCAAUCCUUCAUGCUUCUCUUUGUUACCGUGUAUGGCAGCCAAUGCGCUAUUCACCUCAUGUGA